AAUAAAUAAAUAUAUUUAUUAUUAUGACAGUAUAUGUCCUGGUUAACAUCAAAAAACGUAUUAAAUAUGUAUAGGUAGGUCUAUUUAUUUAUUUAUUUGAAUAACUAUAUAAGGUAUAGACUAGAAACAUCUAACCAAACUACAAAAGUAUAUAAUAAACAUUUAUCUCAAUUGCGUAAUACAUUCCACCUUAAAAUACAGGAAAACUUUGGAGAAUGUCCCUGCUUAAUUACCGACGGGUUAAUUCGGUAGUUAUAGCCUAUAUAAAUAGGCCUUAAGUAGGAGUAUAACACUGUAACUGCAGCACUUCCUAGAAACAGCAUUAGCCUAUUAAAAUAAACUUUUUGUUACUUUUAAAACACACACGAUCCCAAUAUCAACAUCCAAGACACAGAAGACAUGACGGAUAGCCAACCGGAGGGCGAAUAUCACAGAAUGACAGACAUACCUCCGUAGUGCGUAAUAUGACAUUAAGAAUCCUUCGUCCAAAUACAAUAUACGUUAAUAUAGGUGAACCCUUUAUCACAGUCUAUGAGGCUGUAAAAUUGUGUUGUGCUGACUUCCUUUUCCAGUUAUUUACCACGUUUACCAGGCGCAUCAUUAAUUUACCUGCGUUUCUGGCUUUGUCUUCUUGUGUUCGCAUAAGCCACGUAACUGCUCAUUUUACACAGUCGACUGCGCUUUGUUCUUUGUAAAAGAGAUGUCCUUACACAUAUGUGUCGACUAGAUGGCGCCAUUGCUCCAUGUUAUACCACAUAUAUUCACCAACUUGACCCCACUGACGUCAAUACAGUCUAGAGCAUCAAGGCCAAUUCCAAAACGCGAUUGGUCUAAAAAUCACAUGACAGGGUACCUUGAAUCCAUAAUUAUGUUGCUGAUAUUUUUCGCCCCCCCAAAAGAUGUCAGCGUCCUACUGUCCUUAUCCUCUUCGACAUAAGCGAGAUUGCCUUAAAACAUAAGACCAUCACGCUCAAUAGCAAAAUGUCAUGUCCGAACAAUGUGGCAGCCGGUUCAUUCCUGAUGGAUUCGCUGGUGGGAGGAACAUCUCCAUACAGAGGUGAGGGUUACUCUACUAACUCUGGAAUGUAUAUGCAAACGUCCGCAGAAUAUGGCUGUCAGAUGAUGAGAAAUGUAAGCAUCGCCGGUACCCCUCACCCGAAACGGGACGAGUUGCAGCCGAGCGGCGUGCAUAUCGGCGGCUAUCAGCAGACACAUUACCUGUCGCCGCGAGACGCCUGGACGGCGGGCUCUAAAACUUACAGAAGCGCGCAACCUGUUGCCCAGCCUUCGCACCCGUGUCCUUUUCCUGCCGGUAGUGUCAAGGAGGAGGCUAUCCCUUGUCUUUACCAGGGUGAUAUCGACAGCCCCAAGGAACCUACGGAGCCGUCGACGUACAUCCGACUAGGGGACAAUAGCACACAGGCAGAUCAAAGUGGCGUCUCCGCCUCUAAUUAUUUCCGAGGGAACCAGGUAUAUGCGGGUGAACGGGGACAGCAAGGAGAUGGCUUCGCCUCGGACUUUAACCCCAUACCCAGAAUCACAACGCCCAUAGAGGCACAAGCGUCAGAUUCAUAUGUCAAGACCAGCAAAUCAAAGCAGGACGCUGCGGGCGAGGACGCGAAUUCGGAGGAGCAAGGCGCGGAUAAGAGACAGCUUAGGACAGAAGACAGUGCUCCGAAGACUGACAGUUGUACAGACGAUUCUGAGAGCGAAGUGAAAGAUGAGGCGAGGCUGGACAACACAACGGGGAACUGGCUAAAAGCUAAAAGUGGACGAAAGAAGAGAUGUCCUUACACAAAGCAUCAGACACUUGAGCUGGAGAAGGAAUUCUUGUUCAACAUGUACUUGACUCGAGAGCGCCGUCUGGAGAUCAGCAAGAGUAUCAACCUCACAGACAGACAGGUCAAGAUCUGGUUUCAGAACAGGAGGAUGAAGCUGAAGAAACUCAACAGGGAAAGUCGGGUCCGGGAGCUAACGGGCUACAACUUUAACUGAAAAACAAACAAACAAACAGACACACAGUAACUUUUCUUGUCCUACAUUAUAUAUUCUCUCUCUCUCUCUCU